UUUGUUUUUACUCCCGGCAGGCUUUGCGGCAGCAAUGGCGGCCACGGCGGGCCUUUCCAGCCCGGCGGGACCGGCCGCCCGGGACGUCUUCGCCGAGGGGCUGCUGGAGUUCCUGCGGCCGGCCGUGGGGCAGCUGGACACCCACGUCCACGCCGUCCGGGAGAGCCAGGUGGAGCUGCGGGAGCACAUCGACAGCCUGGCUGCAGAGCUCUGCCGGAUCAAUGAGGACCAGAAAGUUGCCCUGGAUUUGGACCCCUAUGUCAAGAAGCUGCUCAACGCCCGGCGUAGGGUCGUCUUGGUCAACAACAUCCUGCAGAACGCCCAGGAACGCCUGAGAAGGCUGAACCACAGCGUGGGUAAAGAGACCGCCCGGAGAAAGGCCUUCCUGGAUGCUAGCAGCAACUACCCCCAUAGCUCUCCCAACAAGUGAGGAGGGGUCCAAAGGCAAAAAAAAAAAAAAGUAAAAAAAAUCCAACCCACAAACUCCUGAACGAAUCUGGAAAGUGACCGAAAUGGGGGCUUUUGGGGUGCAGCCCAGAGAAAGGAAUUCUGCUAGGCUUAAAUUUUGCAACUCGCAACUUGAAGCGGAGAGGAAAAAUGGAAGUAUUUUGAGUCGCAGAAGCGUUUAAAAUUAUACUCCUAGAGCAGAAGGACGACUCCCUUAAAUAGAAGCGGAAUAAUAAUAAAUAAACAAUAACCUAAAAGUUGGGCUGUGAUUUUCUCCCCCCACCCUAACCCCAACUUUCUGGGGGGGGAAAAAUUAAAAAGUUUCAGUGAAAAUGAA